AAAAAACCGAGCCAGAAAUCCGGUUCGGUUAACAAACCCUGUAUUAUUUCUCGGCCCCCCGGGAAACAAAACCUCUCCAUCUUCUUCACUUCUCAUUCGUAAAUCUAGAAAUUAGGGUUUCCUUCCCGCCACCGCGUACCUCGCCGGAAAAUUGUCUCCGGUUUCGUAUUCAGGUAUGGAUACUUCAAGUCCUGCAGCUUUUGUCAAUGGAGCUUUGUUGAGGCGGUACAGUGGUCAGAAAGUGAGAGCGGUGGUUCAAGUAAUCCGGUCAGAUACCGGAUCCGUGAUUGGGAAAUCGACUGAUGAUCAGCAGAUUGUCGUUAAGGGCUCUCCUCCUCCGUCUCUAACUACUUUCGUUGAGGUGAUUGGAAUCGCCGAGCCUGAAAACACCAUUCGAGCUGAAGUUUGGACCAACUUUGGAGAUAAUUUCGAUGCACAGAACUAUAAUGAACUAUGCAAGCUCGCAAAUGGUGAGUUUAAACACAUGUUCAUCUAAAACACAUGGUACUAUAGGCGAUCGAUGAAUGUCGAACGAACCUAUUUCGUUGCGUUUUUUUUCUUGUAGAUUCUUCAGGUUGGAGCAAUUGACAUAUCUUGCAUUUGGUUUUUAGUGUCUGAAGCUGUUCUUGUCGUUUCAUGUUAGUUUCACGCUUGAACUAUUUGAUGAUCUUCGCAUUUCGUAUUGAAAACUCUUCUGUUUCAUGUUAAUUUUUAAGGUAGACUCUGUUAGUUGUUAAUCUGACUAUGAUACAUAUGCUUCUUGUUUAGUGUUUUGGUCUUCUUAUGAGUUGGGGACCUAGAUUGUAACAUAAAUAGUCAAAUGUUUUAAUAAACUCUAGAUGGUCUAGAACUUUAUAUAUAAGCUAUAUUACAACUUUCAAAAAGGAAAAAACAUUUGUUGACCCAAACAAUUAUACGCACAUGACACAACUUUGAAGAAAAAAUGUUCAGGAACCUGGCAGAUAAGUCUAAAGUUUCAAAUUUUAAUUAUACGCAACUUUGAAUUGGUCUGGUUCGGUUAAACCGGGCUAUUGGGGAGAUAUAGCUUCGUUCGACAUUUAUAUUCAUCGGUAUAGUCCCUCUUCGCUGUCGAGGCCCACGGCCCAGUCUAACAUUUCAAACGACAUCGUUUGAGAAUUGGCCUGGUUCGGUUAAACCGGGGUAUUGGGAGAUUUAGCCAAUAGCCAUCAUGGAAGAAGAAUCAUAGGACAAAACCUAAACAUAGACUGAACAGAUUUGUGACUGUCACGAAGAAGAAGAAAUCAGUGUAGCUCACGACCACCCUUAGGCAAAAGAUUGAAACUUCUUUUAGUCUGAGGCUUCUUUUUUCCUUAAACUUAAGAUAGAAGAGAAGCUAUGACCGAAUUGCAAAUGGAUGUGGAGACCAAUACUUCUACGCAGGAGUCUCUCCCAAAGCCUCAGGCCAUGUACCGAUGUAAGAAAUGCAGAAGAAUAGUCGCUAUUGAGGAGAACGUAGUCCCGCAUGAGCCUGGGAAAGGUGAAGAAUGCUUUGCUUGGAAAAAGAGAAGCGGGAACUCUGUACAAGUGCAAUGCUCUUCCAUCUUUGUCGAGCCUAUGAAGUGGAUGCAAACAAUUCAUGAUGGAUCUGUUGAAGAGAAGCUUCUUUGUUUGGGAUGUAAUGCCCGGUUAGGUUAUUUCAACUGGGCUGGUAUGCAAUGUAGCUGUGGUGCGUGGGUUAAUCCGGCUUUCCAGCUUCAUAAAAGCCGGUUAGACGAGUGUAAGAGCGAACCAAACCCGAACCCGAAUCUGGAAACUGUAUGAAAGGAGAAGAGGUUAAAAAAACUCCUGGAUAACUAGUUGUUAUAAUAAGAUCAGAUUAAGCCUUAUUGUGUAUUGAACAUCUUAAUGUGUGUUUUUAGUUAUAUAAAUCCAACAAAAGGUUCAUUAGCUUAAUGAUAGAGUACCUUAAAUUCAAACAGAGAGAAUCUAUUAGCAGUUAUGUGCAUUUCUC